GACAUCGAGGAACAAGCUCAGAGUCAUGCAGCAAGAGUUUGUGACCCUGAGAAGCAAGAGCAUGAUGUUCAAUCCUCCCCAGCGUUCCAAGAAGAAUCGAGCGUCUGGACAAGACUGCGCGACUCCUACUAUCGCACUUAUUGUCCUAAGGUUGAGCCGACCUUACUCCUACCUACCGGCCCAACAGAUGUCGAGAAGUACUCUUAUCUGAAGACCAAUCGUCUUGGAUUGUAUGUCUUCGGUGUCAUCUCCUUUCUCAGCCUUUCGGCUGGAAUGUGGCUUUUCGUCAUUUCUUCGGUCAUCUUCUCCUGGUUCGGCGUAUUCUUCGGUCUUCUCCAGAUUUACCUCAUGAUCUCGUAUGGAGUCAGUCUUUGCGGUAAGGACUUCGACUUUGAGAACCAUAAGAAGAUCCUCGAAGAGCAUCCCAUCGAACCUGAGACUUGCCCGACUGUCGACAUCUAUCUGCCAUGCUGCAAGGAGCCUCUUGAGAUCUUGGAAAACACUUACAAGCAUGUUCAGCGGCUUCAAUGGCCAGAGGGAAAGCUCAAGGUCUACGUCAUGGAUGAUGGCGCUAUGGAUAGCGUCAAGGAGCUCGCAGAGAGUCACGGCUUCACCUACAUGUGCCGCGAUGAUCGACCACGCUUGAAGAAAGCCGGAAAUCUGAGAUGGACUUUCGCUCGUACCUCUGGCGACUUUUUCAACAUCUACGAUGCCGACUUCUGCCCCCGAUCCGACUUCCUCCUGGAGACCAUUCCUCAUCACCUUGCUGAUGACAAACUUUGCAUUGUUCAGACACCUCAAUUCUUCCGAGUCUCUGACGAACAAACUUGGGUUGAACAGGGUGCAAGUGCCGUUCAGGAAUUGUUCUAUCGUGUCGUUCAAGUGAACCGAAAUCGCUGGGGAGCUUCGAUCUGUGUUGGUAGCAAUGCUGUCUACCGUCGUGCUGCCCUUGAAGAAGUGGGCGGCACUGCUGAGAUCGGUUUCUCUGAGGAUGUUCACACUGGAUUCGGAGCAGUUGACAGAGGAUGGAAGGUCACGUAUGUUCCCAUCAACCUUGCCUGUGGUAUCUGUCCGGACAACCCACGAGCAUUCUUCUCUCAGCAGAUGCGCUGGUGUAUGGGAUCCACUACCCUUCUGACGAACCCCGAAUUCUGGACUUCGAGCCUCAACCUCACCCAGAAGGUGUGCUAUCUAUGCGGAAUGAUGUAUUACUCUGCCAUGGCACUCAGUAUCUUCAUCUCACCGGUGCCUGGUAUCUUUCUCCUGUGGUUCAGACCCGAAUUCUUCAAGUAUUACAACCUGGCUUUUGCAGUCCCUUCUCUGAUCUACGGACUCUUGACAUUCAGGAUGUGGGCAAAAGCAUCGUACGGAAUGAAUGUCCAGUACAUCAUGGUGAUCCAAUCUUACGCCUACCUCAACGCUAUCAAAGAUCGUCUCCUCGGUAACGGACUUGCCUGGGCUCCUUCAGGCGACAACAAAUCGCACAAGAACAACAAAUAUCGAAAUAUGCGCAUACUGUGCACCUUCUGGACGAUCAUCGUUACUGGGUUCAUGGUCGGGGGUUGCACCUAUCGUAUUCUUCUAGGCAUGCACUUCUACAACUGCAUACCUCUUCUCCUUUUGCACGCUUUCAACUUGCUUUUGGCUCAUAGAUUCCUGCUAUGGUCUGGCUAG